AUGACGAAAGCAAGCAGCAGCGCAGUCAUCUCUUUCGAUUCCCUUCCAUUAGACCCAACAGGCCCACGGGGAAAUGCCUGGGGUCGAUUUGGAAAAGAUGACCAACUUGGGACAUUGAACCUCCUCACCCCUGAGCGGAUUGUCGAAGCCGCGAAGGAAAUUCAAACUGGCGUGCGAAUCUCUCUUGACUGGCCGUUGAGCAUGCCUUCGCACCCUAGCUUUAAUCGCCAUCCAUUUAAGCAGGAGCUUGUUCUUCGGAAUCCAAAUUGUGUUUAUGAUGACAUCCUGACAUUCAAUAGCCAGGGGUCUACCCAAUGGGAUGGGUUUAGACAUUAUGCAAACCAGAAGUCCCGGCAGUUCUAUAACGGACAUACCACAGAAGAGAUAGAGAGCUCGAAUAUUAUUGGAAUUCACUGUACGAACCAGCUUCAAGAUACUUACCCGGUCAACUUGGCGCUAACCGAAACUCCCCAUAUAGCUAUAUGUGAGCACGGUGGAAUAACAGGCCGCGGCGUCCUCCUCGACUACGCAGAAUGGGCCACCACAAACUCAAUUUCCAUCUCCGCCCUCGAAUCCGAGGCCAUCACCCUCGAGAACCUGAAACGAGUAGUCAAAGAUCGCAAUCUCAAUUUUCAAAAGGGUGACAUUCUAUUCAUCCGCAGCGGCUUCACGGCUGCAUACAACAAGCUGGACGACCAGCAGCGAAAGGACCUGGCACUACGAUCAUCGCCAGAUUUUAGCGGCGUUGAAGCGACGGAGGGGAUGGUGCGGUGGUUAUGGGAGCAUCAGUUCUCUGCUGUCGCUGGUGACGCACCGAGCUUUGAGCGUGCGCCUAUUAGAGGUGCCCAUGCGGAUCCAAAUUUCAACUUGCAUGAGUGGGUGCUGGCAGGUUGGGGAACUCCUAUUGGAGAGAUGUUUGAUUUGGAGAAGUUAUCGGAGCAUUGCAAGACCAGUGGACGUUAUAGCUUUUUCUUGUCCAGCAUGCCUUUGAAGGUGGGGUUCCCUUGA